AACCCACUUUAGAGUGUGGAACAAUUCUGCACAGUUUGUCGUUUACCAACACCAGCUGCAUAGGCCGAAAUUGUUAUUGGAUAGAUUUUAGAUUUUUGCUUUUAAACAUGACUGCCGUGUUUCGAGUUGGCCUGGUGCGGCUAGUUGGCCGUGGCUCAACCGCCCCUGCCCCUGCCACACUGCUGCAGGCCCAGACGAAUGGAUUGCCUGCCACCUUCAUGCAGAAGUGCAAUAUCUCCGGAAGGACGAUGCGUGGCGGUCCACGGUGUCCCAAAGUGCCGCCCUACCCGUACAAGACGAAGAAGUACAAUGUCUUCAGCGCCAUUUUCGACAAGACCACGAAGCGUUUCGAUGAGAACACGAAAGUGAUUUGCGUCGAGGGUCCCAUUGCGGCGGGCAAAACAAAGUUUGCCAUGGAGCUGGCCGCAGAACUGGAUAUGCAAUAUUAUCCGGCUGUUGAUAUGGAUUUGAUCUAUAUUAAUCCAUAUGGCUAUGAUAUGCGUAAAUUGGAUCCAGAGCUGCCGCCCAGCUGCCGCAGUUAUGACAUUAAGAACUUCUGUGCGGAUCCAAAACAUCCCUCGGCCGCUGCGUUCCAGAUUCGCAUGUACAUGUUGCGCUUCUCGCAGUACGUCGAUGCGCUGCAGCACAUCUUGUCCACGGGCCAGGGUGUGGUCACAGAGCGCAGUCCCUUCUCCGACUUUGUCUUCAUGGAGGCCAUGUUCCGCCAAGGCUAUAUUUCUCGCGGCGCUCGCUCCGUCUACAACGAUGUGCGCCAGAAUACCAUCGGCGAGUUGCUGAAGCCGCAUUUGGUUAUCUAUCUGGAUGUGCCCGUCGAUGUCGUCCAGAAGCAAAUCAAAGCGCGCAACUUGGAGCAUGAGGUGAAAUCAAAAGUGUUUUCCAAUGCGUACUUGACCGAUCUGGAGGUCAUAUACAAGCAGCAGUAUCUGAAGGACAUUGCUGGUCAUGCCGAGCUGCUCAUCUACGAUUGGUCAGCCGGCGGCGAAACCGAGGUUGUGGUGGAGGAUAUCGAGCGCAUUAAUUUCGAGCAAUACGAAUCGGAUCCGCACAACAAGAAAAUGAUCGACUGGCGUUUCCCGCUGGAGACCGAGUGGUGCGAGGCGCGCAUCAAGUACUGCAAUGAGAAGUCCGACUUGAUGAACUACUUCAAUGUGCCACGUUUCGAUGUGCCCGAACUCUUGCGCAGCGCCGAAGACGGCAAAGUCUGGCGUGAUGUCUGGUACAAUGCGCCUGGCAUGAAGUACCGCCCCGGCUACAAUGCGGAUGUGGGUGACACUGGUUUGCUGACCAAGUUAAAGAUUGGCAUCAACGAGCCCUUCUAAGCCGGCCGUUCGUGUGCUUUGAGUUCAACUGGCGAAAUGUGUUAAUUAUGUAAUAAACAAUCUAGUAAAAUAUUUGUAAUCCUUUCGCUGA